GAGAGGAGAGAGACGUCCAAAGAUCAAAAGUGCCUCAAGCUUUGACUCCCCUCCAACCACUAUCACGGCCUGUUCACAUUGAUAACCCCUUUGGACAUCUCCCAAAGGUCGCAUCGUUGGCUCUCUCCGAUCAUAAAAUCCUUCCUUUUAUAUCCUGAUUUCCCGAAUUUCAGUCUAUUCUUGUUCUGGUUAUCGUUUCGAUGGUUGUCCCAACAAUUUUAACCUCGCAAGAUUAAUCCUCGACGAGCUUCCUGUUCUGUGUCUCUUCUCUUGGUUCCACCAGAAAAGACCAAAACUUGUCUUUUAAGCUGCAAGAAGUGACCUUUCAUUGGUGUUUUGGCCUCUUUCGUGGAGAUUUGACGGAAAGAUCUCGUCUUGCUGUUGCCCCUGUUGGAUCCAGCAAUUUUGAGAAGCGCCUGGUUCUUUAGGUAGGUCCUUGAAGGAAAGAUCGGAUCUUGGUCGUAGGACAUCCUGAAUCCCAAUGGGCAAUUGCUGUGCGGCGCCCGCCGAUCCGGAGAGGAAGAAGAAGGCGAGAAGGAAGAAAAAGGAGAAGAGGCCGAACCCCUUCUCGAUCGACUACAACCGCGGGCCGGGCCCCGUCCUUGUCGUCCUCAGGAAACCUACCGGCCGCGACAUCGGCAGCCGGUACGAGCUGGGGCAGGUGCUCGGCCGCGGCGAGUUCGGCGUCACCUACCUCUGCACCGACAAGGCCACGGGGGAGCACCUUGCCUGCAAGUCCAUCUCCAAGAAGAAGCUGCGCACGGCAGUGGACAUCGAGGACGUGCGCAGGGAGGUGGAGAUCAUGAGGCACUUGCCCGCUCACCCCAACAUCGUGAAGCUCAAGGACACCUACGAAGACGACGGCGCCGUCCACCUUGUGAUGGAGCUCUGCGAAGGAGGGGAGCUCUUCGACCGCAUCGUCGCUAGGGGGCAUUACACCGAACGGGCAGCGGCUGCCGUCACACGCACCAUCAUAGAAGUCAUUCAGGUGUGUCACAAACAUGGUGUCAUGCACCGGGAUCUCAAACCUGAGAACUUCUUGUUUGGGAACAAAAAGGAAAACGCCCCAUUGAAGGCCAUUGAUUUCGGGUUGUCUGUGUUCUUCAGACCUGGUGACUGCUUCACUGAAAUUGUUGGCAGUCCUUAUUACAUGGCACCAGAAGUUUUAAAGAGAAAUUAUGGCCCAGAAGUUGAUGUCUGGAGUGCAGGCGUGAUUCUUUACAUCCUGCUUUGUGGUGUACCCCCAUUUUGGGCAGAAUCUGAACAAGGUGUGGCACAGGCAAUUCUUCGUUCUGUCAUAGAUUUUAAAAGAGAACCAUGGCCAAAAGUUUCUGAUAGUGCUAAAGAUCUUGUCAGGCAUAUGCUUGAUCCAGAUCCCAAGCAGAGGUUUACAGCUCAGCAAGUGAUUGAUCAUUCAUGGCUGCAGAAUGCCACGAAGGCUCCUAACGUAAAUCUAGGUGAAACCGUCCGUGCAAGACUCCAGCAGUUCUCUGUGAUGAACAAAUUUAAAAAGAAAGCACUAAGGGUGGUGGCCGAAUAUUUAUCUGUUGAGGAAGUUGCAGACAUUAAGGAUAUGUUUGAGAAGAUGGAUAUAAACAAAAAUGGAAAAAUAACUUUUGAGGAGCUGAAAUUUGGUUUGCGUAAGCUUGGUCACCAGAUUCCUGAUGCAGAUGUACAGAUAUUAAUGGAAGCAGCUGAUGUUGAUGGAACUGGCACCCUGGACUAUGGAGAAUUUGUUGCUGUUUCAAUUCACUUACGAAAGAUCGGAAAUGAUGAACACCUGCACAAGGCCUUUUCAUACUUUGAUCAGAACAAGAGUGGAUACAUAGAAAUUGAAGAGCUCAGGGACUCCUUGGUCGAUGACUUAGGUACAAAUCAUGAAGAAGUCAUUAAUGCUAUCAUUCAUGAUGUAGACACAGACAAGGAUGGGAGGAUAAGUUAUGAGGAAUUCGCGGCAAUGAUGAAGGCAGGCACGGACUGGAGGAAGGCAUCAAGGCAGUACUCGAGGGAGCGGUUCAGUAGCCUCAGCUCAAAAUUGCUGAAGGAUGGAUCGUUGCAGCUGUAAGUUGGGUGGGUGUAGAUAAAAACUAAACAAACAUAUAUAUGUAUGUGUGAAAGAAAUCGGAAAUCCUGUUUUUGUUGGUUUCACAUUAUUCUUUCUCAUUCCCCUUUCGACUUAGGACUUGAGUUUUCUGCCACAUCUUUGGUUCUAUUUUCUUUGAGAUGGCAAAGGGGAUUGCAAACUUUGUGUUUAGAUAUGUUUUAAGUAGGGUCAUGUAAUAUGGGUAUAUGGCUGUAAAUAUAUGACUGGUUUUAGGAUACUGAUGCAGUAAGGUGGAUGCAACAAGUAUUGUGGAAUGAUAUCUGAACCUUUCAUGCA